GGUGCGCUGUUGUGUUUAUAUAGAAAAUCCUCGAGUCUGAUACAUUGCCAGGAGUCGGCUGCAGCAUCAGCACCAGCAGCUCCUCCUCCCCCUUCUGUCCGCAGCAUCCCUCUCUCUAUUUUCACAGCAUUUCCUCCAGAAAGAGGAGUGGAAGGCACACGCGUGUUCCAUGGUGGCGAUUCAUGCAUUUGACGAUUGCAAGAAUCUCAAUGAAGAGUCAUUACAAACGGCUUUGUUCGCAGCAAACGCAAGUCGAGUGGUGAGCUGAGGUGAAAUUCAUGAAAUGAUAUUCAUGAAGCACCAUUACUACAAAGACUUUGAAGAAAAUAAACAGAGAAGAAAGAAAGGUUUCUAAUCAAUGGCCUCAGGCUUGUGUCUUUGAGAACGGCAAAAGAGAAGCGCUCCAAAAUGAGCAUUCCAAAAAGUUUAACAGGACUUGAAGUUAAUGUUGACAGAGCGGCGGACAAAAUCACAAACAAAGUUCAAAUCCAGUUCACACACACUGGAGAUGACAACGCCAAUCAACUGUCUUCUUUAAGUGAUGAAGGAGGACUGUUACAGGACUGUUACAUAACCUCGCUCCCACCUUUGGUAUCUCAAAGUGAGUCCCAUGACAAGAUGAUGAUCUGGGGUUCUGAGCAGCAAUGCUCAGAACCCGGGCUCAGAGAGAUAGAGCUUGUUGAGUGUCAAGACAUACGUACGUUCUUGAGAAGCCCAGGUGAGGAGUACGAUGAUGAGGACGAUGGGGGUAGCAUGAGAGACGGAAAAGACGAGGGUCCUAUGUCGAUAUCCUCCAGUUCAACUGCCAGCUCUGCUUCUACUGGGGUAAAGAGGAACGACAACGACAGCAACAAGGUGGACAGCAGAGUACAGAUGGACACAGCGAUGAGGGGAAACAUCACCAGUCAUAGUACCGAAGAGCUGGACACUUGUGUGACAAGUUUAUCCAAGGAAAGAAACACCAAGACAGGCAAAGGAGGGCUCAAGCAGUCCAAGUCUGAGACAAAUGUGUUUGUGUCGAAUUUGUCCACCAUUAACCUCAGUGGAAGUCUAUCCAGUGCGCUGGACUGUCGUGCAGACACUUUCAUUUGCCUGCCCAACUCCAAGACCAACCCGUAUUUGAAUGCCAACAACACUACCUCAGCCCAGAGUUUGAGAAGGGCAGGUCCUCCAGACCACAAUACUCUGCUGUUGCAUCAUCAGGAAAGACAUGAGGAAGAGAGGAUCCAGUUCAGAAACGGAUCAACUUCUGAAGGAGGUCUAGGCCAAAGGAGGAGGACUGGCUUUGAGGAAAGGGUGCUACCACCGAGACGGCAACAGCUUGUUAGACCUCUCUGUCAGACAGAGAUGGUAAGAGCCCAAAGCUUAGAGUCCAGUGCUCAGGGUGCUGAAAUCGGACGAUCGCCCUCCAACAAUACCACCACGGUGUCACCCAGUCACAGCCACAAUGGGUCAACCAGAAAGCUUGCAAGAUCAUCUUUACGUGAACCAUCAGAUUUCUCACAUCUGUACAAUACAUGCGGAGUCCUCCAAUCCAGACAGCCCAACCAGGCAGUGCAGAACCAGGUUUCACUGCUGGAGAGGCAGCCAAGCCCAGCUGCGCCGUCUGCUUCAAAUCCCUCCAAGCCAUCCAACAUAGACAAGCGACCCCAGACUCAGUUCACCUACAGACGUAACUGCUCUAGUCCCAAAAGGACGUUCACACCUCCUCACUCCCCUCUCAGGACACCCCAGGGCUCACCACAUAGGCAAGCCUCCAUGUACCUCAUCUCUAAGGAUACACAUAGAGGAGUUCAAAGCAGCCCUGCUGUAAAGACACCAGCUCAGGGCAAUGAAGGCGUGAGAGUACCAGUAAAAACCAAUAUAACCCUGACUGGAAUCCCAAAAGCGAAUCUUAACAACCAGCAAAGCAACCCCAACUCAAGCCAUAACUCAAACCCCAAAGAGAGCUCUCCUUCACUUAAACCUAAAGGAGUUCGCCCUAAAAUCAUCACCUACGUUCGAAAAAAUCCUCACUUCAAGCCUCAGGCUGCUGACGGACCUUAUCAGGUAUCUUCACUACCAGCAAGGUUAUCAGCAUACCCGCAUGGUGCAACACCCGGUACCUUCAAAGACACAUCUAAAUACCCCUCCAAGCUUGACAAAGAAAGCAGAGGACUACCGGUGCUCAGUGCCUCCAAUUUGCUUUAUGACAAGUACCGUAAGGAGAUUCAAACCAGCAUCUUCCCAUCAGGAUUAAUGAGCAGGAGUAUCCACGCCCCGGGUCAUACAAAUACUGUCCCUCCUACACACACCCACAGUUAUACAGCACCCUCAAAGCUGGCCGGCAAAGCAGGGGACUCUUAUGGAGCUCAGUCUGAGGACGGGAGAGCUGCUAGUUUUAAAGAAACCUCUGAAGAGGACCCACUGCCGCUUCGGACAGCUGCUCAAGCUGGAGGCAGCGGCAGUCUCCUGCGUUCCGGCCGAGGUCUGCGAUUAGGUCUGGGCGCUGUCACUAGGACGGCUUCAGGCUCAGUCAAGGGCAAAGGACCGAGUCAAAGUCAGAGGUCAGCAAUCAGCCAAGCAAUUCAACCUGUCAUCUCAGCAGCGAGCCAGAAAAGCCAAGAUACUACAGCUGACGAUGAGGUUUUCAACCAUCCAGUCCCUGAAGCUACGGUAUUAGAACAGACUUCCAGCAGGUCUCUGCUUCCCAAAGCAGCAAACCAGUCAGGCCUACGUCCACCUGGCUUCAGCUCCACCCGUCUCCCCGUGGGCCGCUUGGCAGCGUUUGGCUUCGUCAGAAGUUCUAGCGUGUCCUCCGUCCCUGCAGACAGUGCGCAAAGGGACCCAAGCAGAACGGCUCACCGUCUGAGUGUCAGCGAGGAACCCCCUCCUCACAGAGUGACGGGUGGGCCUUCAUCUUCGGAUCACCAGAGAAGCGUGCCCUGUCGCAGCAGCAGCCUUCAGCCGCCAUCCACCCCAGCGCUGCCCCGCCGAUACCUGCCUGCCCAGCCAAGAAGCUCACCUGGAGCUGGCAGGAAGGAGUUUCAGAGGAGUUCAGAGGUCACACGCUCCCUCCCGUCCUCCCCAAAAAGGCUGGCGGUGGUUCCUCCCAAACCACAAUCCCCAGUCCAGACGGUACAGCGACCAGCAGGAGGGCCGACCACAAGGGUGACGGGCCCCCCUGCGUCCCCUCGCCGUGUGCCCCCCUUGAAGCUGCAGCAGGAGAAGGAGGACGCUCAACAGAGAGAUGAAGCAAGGAAAGCGGAGGAGAGGGAGAAAGAGGAGCAGCGACAGGAGAUGGAGAGGCUGCGUGGACGCUGUGAGGACCAGGAGAGGCAGCUGAGAGCCCUUAGAGAAGAACUGAGGAAGACCUCUUUGGGUCUCGAAGUCUUCAUCGUCACGACUCAACAUUACUGCCUCAAGAAUGAAACCGCAGAAGAUAAUGAAACUAAAUUGUUCUUGGAAAUACAACUGAUAAAAGAACAACUAGUGUCCAACUCCACACACUGGGAGAGACUCAAGCUGGAAAAGUCUACGGUGGAAGCAGCAUUCGAGCGAGAGCUGCAAGAGCUGCAAGUGCAGCAGGAAGCCGAGCUGGCCGCUGUGGAGGAGAGCCUUCGGAAGUGUCACUUGGCGGAGACGGAAAACCUGAAGGCUGAGCAUCAGUCGGACAUGGAGGAGCUGAGGACCCAGCAGCAAGAACAGGUGGAGGAGAUGACAGCCCACCACCAGGCAGCUAUUCAAGAGCUCCGAGACAUGCAUAAUAUAACCAUGGCAACACUGCAUGAGGAGCAUGCGCGAACCAUGAGAGACUUAAGGAAAGCUCACGAACAACAGAAGAUGCUCCUGGAGGAGGAUUUUGAGAAGCUAAGGCUAUCGCUACAGGACCAAGUGGACACGCUGACGUUCCAAAACCACAGUCUGCAGGACAAAGCCAAGCGCUUUGAAGAGGCUUUGAGGAAGAGUACGGACGAACAGAUAGUUGAUGCCUUAGCUCCCUACCAGCACAUUGACAAGGAUCUGAAGAGUUUAAAGGAAGUUGUGGAAAUGAAGAACCAGCAAAUACACCAGCAAGAUCUAAAGAUCUCCGACCUACAGAAAGUGCAGGCCCAAAAGAAUGUCUUCCUGGAGGAGAAGGUGCAGGUCCUACAGCAGCAGAAUGAAGAUCUGAAGGCUCGUAUUGAAAUGAACCUCGCCUUAUCUAGGCAACUGUCCGAGGAGAACGCGAACCUCCAGGAAUCGGUCGAAAAGGAGAGCACAGAGAAGAAGCGACUCAGUCGAAACAACGAGGAGCUGCUGUGGCGUCUUCAGACCAGCCCCCUCAUGUCUCCCUCAUCCUCCCCCUUGCACCGCUCCUUCUCCACGUCCCCCAUCCCAUCAUCCUCCCCUGUUCCUCCAGCGGGAUGCCACUCUCCCAGCCACUGCCAAGGCUGCCCCCAACAGCUACAGUCGUCAUCCCCGUUCCACACAGCAAACCACUAUUACUCCCCUGGCCCGGCCACACCCACUCACCAGGCGGCAACUAAUCAGAAUUACUCCCCUGGUCCAGCGACACCCAAUCACAGGGCAGCAGCAACUAAUCAGAAUUACUCCCCUGGUCCAUGCACACCCACUCAUAGGGAAACAGCCAAUCGGAAUUCGGCAGCUUGUCUCGCUUUACAGAGAUAAAAACUCUUUUUAAAUUUCUUUGGUUCUUUUAAUGAGUACCUGCUUCAGGCUUCGUUAUGCUCCAGUGUAGUCACUACGCCGGCCGACUUUACGGUAUCUUGAUUCGGUUAUCUUCAUCAGAGUGGGGUGAGCGUAACUUGCAAUCCUCUGCCAAAACUGCCAAAACACAAGGGGCAGUGUUUUCCUGAGCACGACCAAACACAACUCUUGUUGACUACCACUUCCUUUGUCAUACCACAUACCACUUCCUUUUUCAUACCACUAAACAAUGUUGGAGCUGGAACGAGGCGAAGACGCUGAAGCAUGACGAAGCCUUAAAAACUUAAAUAUAUAAAAGCAUAUAUUCACAAUACACUAGUUAGUGACACAUAUAGUGCCAGCAUGAAGUCACUUCAGCGCAUUGGAACCCUCGCUUGUGUUCAGAACACACACUGUUACACACUCUACCACAGGGAUUAGUUUGUAAAUUAUGUUUUACAAAGCAUAAACCCCCCCACAACAAAAGUGUAAAGCGCCUUACUUCUGCUAUCUCACCAGCAGAGGUCAAACAAUUUUAUGAAGGACUUGUAAUUUUUAAUUUGUUUCUAAUCCAGAGUUAAAAAAAUAAAAAUAACAUCUACAACACAAAACUACAACACUGGAGGGCAACAACCGACAGCAGCUCUUUACUAUGUGAUUGUUUACUUCCAAACUUAUUUGUUCUACAAUUGUUUUGCUAUUUAAGCACGCAUGCACUGUGAAUGUCUUCCAGUCUUAUCGCUGUGGUUUGCCACUUUAUUUAGAUAUAUAUUAUGGAAAUGGAUGGUACAGAGGACAGUCUUGUGAUAUAAGGGUCUAUAAGCUAUUUACAGUAUCUCACAAAAGAUGGGUACCCCCUUCACUUUUCAGUAAACAUAUUAUAUCUUCUCAAGGGACAAGAGUAUCGAAACUAAACCUGGAUAUACGUAACUCAAUGUAGUCAGAGUACAGAUUUAUGUUAUGGACGAAAGCACUCAUGUAUUUAGUUGUGGUCUCCUAUAGAGCAGCUACACACAAUAACCCGCACAGAAAACCUUUUAGAUUUUGCAGAACCUGCACCUAUUCCAGCUGUAUUUCCUGUCAAAACUGUCUGUUUUAAAUUUAUUGCACCCACGGCAUUCCCCCGCGGCUGUGAUUGACACAAAGUUCUAGCUAUGAACCAUAUAAGGAAGUCCUCCUCUGUGACAUCACAAAGGAACAGUUUUAUCACGCCUUUUCAAACACAGCGUUUUGAGCCAUCCCAAACUUCUUUCAGGGCUCACUUCCAAAUGCACAAACAUUAUUAUCAGAAACUUUGGCAUCAUUUAACACAAUAAAAAAAUAUUCUAAUUACAUGUAUAGGUCAGAAAACAUGUAAUUGUCUACAUGAUUAAUUAACUCAAAUUUUUACAGUAUAUUCUAUUUUUAUUAGCCCAUUCUGUCCUUGAUUCCAUUCAUAGGACACAAUAAUGUUUUGCACAGUUAUUAAAAAUAUUAAAACAAAUAUAGACAGUUGGUUACAAAAUAUAACGUCUUGUUGAAGUAUUUUCCUGCUGGAAAAUGUUAAGUUAAUUGAUUCAUGAUUUUUUUUUCUGUGAGUGUGUGAGAGUCAACUCAAUUGACGCUCUGAAUUUUUGGGGAUUUUGGGUUUUUUCCACUCUUUUUUUAACUGGGCUUUUUUUUUGAUAGACUUAGUGGGUGAAGGAAGAAUUAAUAUUCCCCGCCACGUUUUAGAACCCAACACCCAGUUUUGAUUUACAUGCAGUUAAGGUUAGUUUCCUCCUUAGCAACCUUUAUUUCACCAGUUUGUGUUCUACUUGGGAGGGGAAAUAUCUUUAUGUUCGUUGCUCUAAAGUUCUGAAAAUCGAACACUGCAUGUACAAUGACAUUCAAUUUGGAGUCCUUUGUUACAACCCCCACUUGGGAGGCCGAAACACAAAAUCCCUACACAGCAGUUUAUUCUCACUAAGUACCAAGAGAGUCAACUGAGGGUGUUGACUCUCACACACACAAUAAAGAAGUAAAAAAAGCCGAGCAGCAAAUGCUCCUUAUAUUCCCGCCCAGCCCUGCUGAUUACACAGACCUUCAGCUGGGAGUGGACACCACAGGUGCUUCCACUUGCUCCUAAUGAAGGUGAUUCUUGUGGGAAAAAACUAAACUUUCUAUAUAAGUUACCAUAAAAAUGUACUAUUUAUAUUUUAUAUAUGCAGGGAAACGAAUGCUGAACUGCAAAUAGGCGAAGAUCUAUUUCCUAUAUAUUACAUGCUACUAUAUGUGCAGUAUUACUAUAUCCAAGUUUCAUUUCUAUGGUAUCGUGAAUUGAGACAUACUGUAAUACAAAUUCUGAAAUGUGAUGGGUGUGCUGACUUUUGGCAGACACUGAAAAUGACCUUCAGUUUACCUCUUAAAGACGUAUAGAGCAUUUUCAACUCCUUCAGAAAGGAAUCACUUUGGCUAAAGCUUUCUUCGUAUCGACACAUUGUUUGUGUGGUCAAAACGUCUUCAAAUAACAUUCAGGGAGUUGCUCCUGCAAAUGUAACAAUAUCGUUUCUGUAGAACUCAUUCUCAGUUUUCCUAGAUUAUAUUAAAAAGCAAUAGAAACCAGCUAAUAUUGUAAGGUACUGACUCAGGGUUCGAACGGGGCUGCUUUGACCAUGUUGGCAUCCUGAUCUCGAGUCAGUUUACGUGAACGGUGUCCUGCUGAAGAACGCAACAGGUAGUCUUAGUCUUUGCAUGAAAACAAACAAAUGUAAAUAAACAAUAUGAUACAAAAGGUUAUGUUGUACAGUUAGAGUUAUAGAGAGAGGGGAGGGCAGUUAGAGUAGGGGGUUCUGUUACAGCAUUUAGCAACAUGAUGUUAUUUCCAAGUUGCGUUUUUUUUUUUUUCUCCUCCGAAACUUUAAAGUUAAUAACCAGCACUUUUAAUGAUCGACGUGAUAAGUAAACAUGGAACUGUUUGUAUUUCUACAGGUGGUAGACAGGGUUAAAUGCUCGUAAACAAAAGGAAUGUCAAGUAUUUGAAAGCAGUUUAUAUGAUUUUUUUAAAAAUGAUUUUCAGAAUGUCAAUUGUAAAAAAAAAAACUAAAGAAAACAAAAAAUCCAACUGCCAGUCACUCAGUCACUGUGUUUUCAAAUGUUUAGACUUUUACUUCAGGGUCAAUUCAGGUGUACAAUAACACAGUUUACAAUGAUGCAACACAAUACAUAACAGUACAGGUACAUUAAUGACAAUAACACAAUAACGACCAUGUCAAUGUGUCCUGUGGACAUCUGCGUUUCAUUCUGCGUUGAAUGUGAAAAAUGUACUGACUGUAUUUUCUAUCAUUCCUGUGAUUUAAUGAAACAUCAAGGACCUCUCGUCUUGUAGCAGGCGGCCAUUUAAUGUCAAUAUGUAGCACUUCCUCCCUACAAAACACCGGAAUUGACAUUGUAAAUUAUGCCGUUACAAAUCAAUUUUUUAAAUUGACUCUUGUGACAUAAUUACCACCCCCCUGUAUGGAUUUGGUCCAGAGGGAAUGAAUGUGUUUGUUCUGGCACUGAUUGUAUUAUUGUAUGUCUGAAUGUAAAUAUAUUCUCUGUACACAAGUUGUGUCUUAUAGUGCAGCGACAAAGUAAUAGAAGCAUGUUUUGUCAUGUCUUUGCUGUUUCUCUUUGUUGAACCUGCAUCGUGAUGAUCAAACAUGUAGUUGUGCAGUGUGGCAGGCAGACCAAGGCGUUUGACAAUGAUAAAUGACAUCAACGUCUUUGUCAAGAUGCUAACAUGUGUGCUAUGGAAAAUGGCCAACCUUAGGAAAUGGUGCUGCUCCUCCACUUAUCACUUGUGUUAGGCUAUAUAGUAGAUUUUCAUCACAAACAUUAAAGUCUACUUGAGUAUCAUGACUGUCUUUUUAUCAUGACUUUUUUUGCAUGUUUUUCACUAAUCAUAAAAAAUUUCUUUUCAUUUCU